AUGGUGUCCUCCGCCCUCAAUAUAUUGGCCUUGACAUGCGCCAUUCGUGGGGCCUCAGCAGCUUUCAGCCUCAACACCGGCGGUCCCAACUGGGAUUACACAACCAAAGACCUAGCAAGCACCACAUCUCAAGCCUGCAAAGAUGCCUACAGCGCAAGCAUCGAUUGCAACAAUGUGCUUGUCGGGAUGGCUGCAUCGCUGAACCCAAAUUUUGACGUCGGGGCUUCAGAUCUACAGAAUUUGUGUACUACGACGUGCAGCGAUUCAUUAGCGCAUGGGAAUAAAAACCUCUUCCAAGCCCCUGUGGAGGCAGCUGGCGAGUACCUUCAGUACAAGUACGGCGAAGCGUGCGCCAUGAAUGGCAGCCAAGACUGGGCUAGAGAAACGUUCCCAUGCAACGAUACCUGCGCCAUCCAAUUCUAUCAGAAUGCGCAUGAUCAGCCAGGCUCAGCAUAUCUAUUCAGCUAUAUGGACCUGUGUAACCAGACAUCAUACUGGGAGGAAACCUUUGCCGGCGGCUGGGAUACGCUCGGCCAGUAUCAGCGCGACGGCCUCGGUGAGAACUUCACUCGGUACUGCUUCAACAACGAUAGUAUCUGCGCCGGAGGCGACCUCUACGGCUUUGUCGACAGGAUCGGCGACAGGCUCCAGUGCUAG